CUACUCCAGCUCGCAGUGGGAGCGAGACGGAGAGGAGAGGCUGCCUGCUGCGCUGCGGAGCUCAUGACACACGCCGAACCAGCAGAAACACGCUCGCUCACACAACAAAGCUCCGGGCCUCGUCUGUCUGGCUCAGUGGAAGCUCGAGACAGUUCGCCGUGCUGAGGGGAGACGGAGAGGAGGAGCCCGAACACUUUGGGAUCCGAGCCAAUGACCUGUAGGAAGAGAGCGGCAGAGUGAAGGCUUGAUUAAAAUGGGGCUGCGGACCCUUGUACCUUCUGACUGUGUUUGUCUGAGUGCGGCUGGCUCAGCCCACAGAUAUGCCAGACGUGAGGCCUCCACCACCAUGUGACGACCUCGCCACCACUUCUGCUGCAGCCUCUGUCUGCCAUCCGCUGGCUGUACCUCUCCCCUCGACCUUGUUAUCGACAUGGAGCCCUGCAUCGCCAACCUCCCCCUGUCGCCGGACCGGCUGUCCUCCUUCCCCCGACACAGAUCCGUCUCUCCUCACUACCCGGGCCUCCACGGUCCUCACUUCCCUCUCAUGGCCAGGUGUAACAGCAGCACCCUGCUCACUAACCUGGGGCUGAGGUACUGCUCCAGCAGGCAGGGCCCUCUGGGGGUGGGGCUGGGUCUGGGGGCGGCCCCGGGCUCCUGCAGCCAUGCAGGCAGCAAUGGCAGCAGGCCAUACAGGAGUAUGGAGAAUCUGAACUGGAACAAUAUGGCAGAUUCAGGCCUUUGUCCGUUCAGUGCUGCCCCCUACAGGAGCAUGGACAGUGAGUUUAUUUUGCGCUAUACAUCUACCAGCCACUGGUAUGACGGGCCCCCAGACAGAUCUGUGAUGGGGGCUCAUGGACUGUUACCUCACCCGGAGAGCCUGGCAUUUAACCCUCCACAUGGGCUACCCAGGAAGGACCUGCCACUCUUCCCCCAGUUGCUUUUUCCAGGUGGCGUUGAAGAAUGGGAUGCCAGAAAAGGCCUGAGGGAGAAACUCCGCCUUCAGAGUGCGAGGUCAGCAGUCGAGUCACUGAAGCCCCUCCCACUGCGGCCUCAGAUGACCCCAAGUGCUACAUCCAUCGAAAAAGAGGGUGGGCAUCACGUGAAUUCAACAGUUGCUGGUUCCAGGCCGCUGUGCACGAUGCGCAUCACCAACCCUGAGGAGAUCAAGCAGGAGGUCCUGAGGCGCCUGCAGCUGCGGCGACAGAACAGCAGCCCUAACCUCACUCUCCACAGCUCCCCGGCUACCCCCAAAGUGGUUAAAACAUCCUGCACUACCGACAACAUUGUGGGUAACAGGAACGGAUCGGAUUCUGCGUCUGAGUGCCGCAGGCCUCCUGUGGGACGUCUACAUAUCCCCACAUUCGAGGAGUUCAAGAGGAUGAGGCAGAGGGAGGGAGAGCAGAGCAAAGAGUCCACAGCCGGUUCUGUGGUGUCUGCAAAACCUGCGGCCGACCUUCAGGAUGUAGCAGAAUCAAAUUGUGAGAAAGCUCCGUCUGAUUGGACUGUUCCUCAGUCAGGUUUUCUUAGAGACCCUGAGGAGGUGGAUGGUGAAAGGAUGGACAACAGUGAUGAAGACCUGCAGACCAUCACCCCGUCAGAGAACCUUUUCUCUGACACUGUGAACAGUAACGGCACUGCAGACCCCACCUCGUUCUUGGCCUUUGUUACCAGCACUUAUUCACCCAUCUGCACAGGCCCGUCUCCCCGUUCACCCCUACCGCCCCUUGUCAGCUCAGCCCAGGUGAAAGCCCUCACUGCAGGAGGAGAAGAUGGGAGCAGCAGGCGAAGGAGGAGCAGUCUGGAACCAGCUGGGUCAGCGCCUUUCCCACAUGGCAGAGAGAACUGGGGCCGACCCUCCAGCUGCUGCCCGGCGCUACUUCUGGAGGGGACGGACCUGUCCAGCUACGGAGCCAAGAUCUACAAGAUGAAGGAUGGACUCAUUGGCUCAGCACUGGACCUAAUCAAGAAGAGCUGCAGUGCAGAGAUUUCCGGCGAGACCCCCGUCAGGCUGUCAGGUGACCGGCACGGAGGCUGUGACAUCACCGCCCCCUCGACCGACUGUCAGCCCUCCGCCGUUGCCAUGGCAACGUCGGCAACGGCCUGCGGAGCCAAGGCUGGCGACGAGACGCCUGCAGGAGGAGGAGAGGCAGCAGGAGAAUGCCAGACCGGUCUGGGCUGCAGGCGCUCCAGCUCGGACGCGGCCUAUGAGCUGGCUGAGACGGUGAGGGCGCAGCGAGAGUGUCGUCUCCGGCCCCACUACAGCGACCCCAUGCCGGCCGACGCUUCUAAGCGCAAACAGCUGGAGAUGAAGAUCGCUGCCGCCGCCCGCCUCCACGGCCACCGCCGGGACCGUGACAGAGACAGUGCUCCAGCAGCCAUUCGGGGCCGCUCAGAGCCUCCUGGCGAGGAGCGUCAGGUGGGUCUGGGUGUGACCAGAUCGGGGCAGCACCGCUGGAGCACCAUCAGUAGUCUGAGCGCCGACAGCGGCGUGGUGGGUCUCAGCGACGAGCGGGAGGAGGAGGACAGUGAGCCCCGCCGGUACCGUAGAACCCGGGGUGCUGAGGUUGAGCGGGUGGACAGCGGCAUCGGCCCGGGGCUGUCCCGGACCUGGAAGAGACCGUCUGCCUCGCUCAGAGCCUGGGAGGCCCAGAGACCUUGUCCGGACUGCGGCCUGAGGGACGGGGCGUCCAAGGAGCGAGGGGAGCGCAUGUGUGAACGUUGCUCCAAGCUGCGCACAGAGCGCAAGGAAGCCAUCCUGGAGUUCCUGAACACGGAAUCCAGCUUCGGCGAGGACCUGCGGAUCAUCAAGGAGGAAUUCUACUGCCCCAUGCAGAGCGCCGGGCUGCUGACGGCCGAGCAGCUCACCGUGGUGUUCGGUAACGUCCAGGAGCUGAUCGACGUCAACGACCGCUUCACCGAACACCUGCAGGACAGCAUCGACCAGGCCUUCGACCAGGGAGACGAGGAUCUGCUGACCGUGUACAUAGGAGAGAUCUUCCUGGAGUUCGUCAACAUGCUUCCCGCCUUCCAAACCUACUGCCUGCAGCAGUCCACCUCGGUCAACCUGCUCAACACGCUGGAGAAGGAGAAGGAGCUACUCAGAAUCUUUUUGGAUGUCUCCCAGAAUGACAAUACAGCACUGCGUCGUAUGAACCUGCGCUCUUUUCUCAUGGCGCCCCUACAGCGCGUGACCAAAUACCCACUUCUGUUGAGCCGCAUCAUUAAGGUCACGCCCGAAUGUCACCCCGACUAUGCACGUCUCCGUGAGGCCAAGAGUCGGGUGGAGUCCCAUCUGGAGCACAUCAACAUGAAGACUAAGCAGGAGGGCAAUGGCGUCACAUGGUCCCUCCGGUCAUUCCGACGAGACAGCCGCAAGAACCGGGAGGUGAUCAACAUCGAGAUGCGGGAGAUGUCGAUGAAGACGGUGGGCUGGGCCCGAGAAAACACCCGCUUCGUCAUGGAGGGGCCGCUCCAGCUCUCCCAGCCGGCGGAUGGUCAGUGGGUGAGGAAGGGAAGCAAGGCCCUCAAGUUCCAGAAUGUUCAGAGUCUGCUGAUGGUGAGGACACAGCGGGUGGGUGAGGCCCCAGGACCAGGCACCGACCUUGGGGCGUGGGGAGAUCAGGUGGAGGGCGGUGGAGACAGCAUUCGAGACGGAGUGCUGGUUCUCAUCAAGGACAAAAGCAGCGGGAAGUUCGCGGUGCUGAGAGAGCCCAUCCGUCUGGGGAACUGCGUGGUGUCAGCAGAUCCCGACUCCGAGGACACAUUCGAGGUGCUUGAUAUCCGACGGGAGUCGUUCGUUUUCCGUGCCUCAGAUAAAUCUCGCACCCAGCAGUGGUUCCAUCAGAUUAAGAGAUACACUCGAGACUUGGGCACCUGGAGGAAAAGACGCAACGCUUUGCCCAACAUCAUGAUCAACACAAACCAGACCCGCUCCUGAGACCAAGCAUUGUCCCGGCUUUCGUUUUUCUUGCACUGUAAAUAACCUGGAACAUUUCAGGAGGAUAGAGACGGAUAUAGCACUUUUUUCUCUUUACAACGCUUUAAGUGCACCAUACUGUCAUGUAGUCUGAGGUUUUGGAUUUAAAGCUGUGACGUAAAAAGAAAUCUAAUUCUCGGACAACCAAAAAAACUUGGGCUGUGCUCUUCAGCCUUGAUUGUUAAGACUGUUUUGCUCUCUGAGAAAAAGAGCCAUGAUUACAGAAAAUUGAGGUGUGUCUGUUGAACGCCAUGACUGAACAUGACUGACUGCAAAAAAGAAAUGUCAUUUUUUAUACGAGACAGUUCGGGGUGGGGAAAAACACGUUUGUUUUGGUAAGUCGUGGUGGGCAUGUGCUACAUGAGCAUUAAUCUGUGGUUUUCCGUUUGUUUUACUGACCUCUCCUCGUCUGUGUGCCGCCACCUACUGUACGUCGGCUGUAGAGCAACUUUCACUGCCAGAGAUGCAGUUGAGCAGAGCUUCUUCUAACGCGCUGAGCGGACCUCCUGUAUCACUGUGUCCAAAAAAGAGAACUCAAACGACAGCAAUAAUAUCUGCCACUUACAAAAAAAGUAGCUACUGUGUUUGUGUUUUAAUUUCCCAGGAUUUUCUGUUUGGCAUCGGGUGAUGAUGCUGCUUCGCUGUGUCGGAUCCAACCCAAGUCUCAAAUCUGCUCGUCGGCAUCUUUACAGCUUCCCCUCUGAGGAACUCUCAUUGGAAUUAAGAUCAUCUUAGUGCCGUGAAAGCAGCUUGUGAGAAGUUUAGUCUCCUUCGUGUUGACAUCUCAUCGAAUAGGUCAAACGCUACAGUUUCCCUCACUGUGGGUUCAGUGCAGAGUUUUUCAACCUUGGGUUUUGGGGCAGAUUAAAAGAUAUUUAUUAGUCUGGUCCAAGACAAAAUUGCCAAAAACGAAUCUUCUCAUUUUUGCUUGAUCCACCAACAAGAGUUAUUACCUCCAAUAAGGAAGUUAUGUUUUUUUGUGCAUUUUGUGUUAGGCAAAAUCUACUCAACCGAUUUCCAUGAAAUUUUGUGGAUCAGUGGCCACAGUGACCCAGGGAAGAACCCAUUAAAUAUUGGUGCAAAUCCCCAAAAUUUUUUUUUACUUUUCUCACCAGUGCGAGAAGGCGUGUCUGGGUUGAUUUCCCAAGGAAUAUUUCAUGGAUCUUGAUGAAAUAAUGACAUCCAUAUGUAAACCCGGAUCUUGUGAUGGUGGAUCCUGAUGAUCAUGGUUUUUGGAUACAACUAGAUUUUUCCCUUCAUCUCUGUCGGAUAUUUUCUUUUGUACAAAUUCUAAACAUUGAUACACCUCUUCAUUUACUCUCCAUCAAUGCUGUAAAUAUUCUUAUUUUGUUGAUGUGUUCAGAGGAACAGAACAUCUAUUGCACUUCUGUAUGUCCUGGAAGAGGGGUCCCUCUCUCUGAGGUUUCUAUGUCUAUUCUCCUCUUAACAGGGUUUGUCUGAUAGCUUUUUCUCUAUUAUUCGUUAGGGUUAAGCGCAGACGACGUUGCACCUUGUUAAGCCUUGUGAGACAGUGAGUUGUGAAUAGGGGCUGUCCAGAUAAAAUGUAAUAGAUUGAUUGAAAGUCAAUUGAAAUGUAGUGUCAUAAGGGGACUGUUGAGCCUUGGCGGAGGUAUGUACUCUCCUGAGUGCAUUUCUAUUUUCAUACACAAUUAUAUAUUAGCAAGAGCUGAGGAUCCGGAUCAGAAACUACAGAUGAAUAGUUCAAACAACGUCACUCAAUAGAGAGCCGACCUCCUCCAAGGCCAAGCAGUCUCCUUACAAUCAAACAAGCCACACAGAAUCGCACAUCACUCAGACAUCAGUUCCCUAAAUGUGCCUGAAUAUUAUCAUCAAGAUCCAUGAAUUAUUUCCUGGGAGUUUUGGUGAAAAUAUCAAAAAGAAAUCUUGCAAUUUUAAAGAAAGUGAUAAAAGAAAAAUCCACCAGAUCCACCCCUUUGUUCAGGUCCAUGUAAAACUGUAACGAGGUCAUGUCCCAUCUUUCCUUUAAGUUUCUCAGAAUUCUGAUCAGUUACUUUGUCUGUUUGUCUAUCAGCAGGAUUACGACAGACAACAUAAGCUCCUUGGCAGAGAUAAUUAAUCACUAGUCAAAAUUUGUGACUUGUCAAUCAGUUCUCUUCUGACUUAUCGCUUCAUUGUCACACGUAAAUAAAACAGGUUUCCUGAGGAACUCAUCUCCAAAAUGUCGGUACCAUCUUGUCACGACACGGUUUGACUAUGGGACCCAGAAAUGAGCUUUUGUGCCUUGGUACUCGAUUACUGUUCAGCUACAGCUGAGAUAUGGAUUAGACUGCCCUCUGCUGGCACUUGGUUGAGAUUACUAAUAAAGGCAAUAUAAGAGUUUUCCUCUGACAGUGCUUGGCUGCUGAUAAUACGUGAUCGCCUGAUCUUCUCUUACUUAUGUGUGUUUUUACGUCUCCUGGUUAUGUUUAUUUAUGAAGGCUUUAUUUUGUUUAAUGCACUUUAUUAUUAUCCAGUAAUAGAACAGUAACUGUUGGUAAAACAUGAUACGCAGUCUUGUUAAAUCGCAAUUCUUCAUAUUAGAAGGAACUUAGUCGACUGAAGCUGAUUGCAGUCUUCAAACCAAAACCACUUUUAAGGGCCAAUGCUGUUUUAUGUUGUUAAUAACGUAGCACUAUGACAGGUAGGGAAUCACUGUUCUUUGGAG